AUGGUGGGAGAUCCAAACCCUAAUUCCAAACGAGGAAAGCCCGACCCGCAGAAGAUUCGGUGCCCCCACUGCGCGGGGCCCCUCACCAAAGAGAUGGAGACAAGCGAAUGGACUGUACCACCGCUCAUCAGAGACAGCUUUUCUAUGAUAGGAUCGGCGGUCGGUGGUACGGCUGGUGCCUUCUACGGCUUCAAUCACGUUAAAGUGCGAAAAUGGAGGCCACCUAGAGCAGCUGUGAUUCCCAAUUUCCAUAUUCCGAUGCGUAGUUAUGAAGUUAAAAAUAGAACAAACGUGGACGAAAUAAAAGCCCUACGAUUGAUAUCGGCCAUCAAGACCCCGUACCUUCCCGACGGCCGAUUCGACCUCGAGGCUUACGACACGCUCGUAAACAUGCAAAUUGAUGGUGGAGUCGAGGGGAUAAUCGUCGGCGGGACCACAGGCGAGGGCCAGCUCAUGUCUUGGGACGAGCACAUCAUGCUCAUCGGCCACACAGUCAACUGCUUCGGUAGCUCGGUCAAAGUCAUCGACAACACGGGAAGCAACUCGACUCGCGAGGCGAUCCACGCAACCGAGCAAGGCCUCGUCUUCCACUUUGAAAGCGUGCUCCAAAUGGGCCCGACUAUUGUGUACAACGUCCCCUCCCGAACGGGCCAAGAUAUUCCCCUGGGUGUUAUUUGGGCCUUGGCCCAAAACCCGAAUCUAGCGGGUGUGAAGGAGUGCGUGGGCCAUGCUCGGGUUGGGGAGCACGUGAGUAACGGGCUUGUGGUGUGGAGUGGUAAUGACGAUGAGUGUCACGACUCGAGGCGGGACCAUAGGGGUAGAGGGGUAAUUUCAGUUGCGAGCAAUUUGGUCCCAGGUUUGAUGAGGGAGAUGAUGUUUGGGGGCAAGAAUCCGGGGUUGAAUGCGAGGGUUUUGCCUCUUGUGAAGUGGCUUUUUGAGGAGCCGAACCCGAUCGGAGUGAACACGGCAUUGGCCCAACUUGGGGUCGUGAGGCCUGUUUUUCGGCUGCCGUACGUGCCACGUGCCAUGGAGAAGAGGGUGGAGUUUGUGAAGAUCGUGGAGGAGCUCGGGAGGGAGAGUUUCGUUGGGGAUGAGGAGAUUCGGGUUCUGGAUGACGAUGAUUUCUUUCAGCACUAA